UAAACAACAUGGCUGCCUCCUCACAGCUGUCAUGCCGAACAGAGAAAUUAGUUCAGUUCGGACCAUUUUUACUUUCUUAAAAGUGUUUUGGGAUUAUUUAAGAAAGCUGUGACUUGGUUUUAUUAAUUUCAGCAUCAAAAGCUGUUGGUAUGGCUGCAGUCUUCAGAGGGAAGGUCAGGACGGUGGCCUCUUGGAGCAGGAGACUGUCAACCCAGCAGCAUUCUGGACCUCAGGAGUCUCCAACCGGGGGCGAGUUACUUGCAACGAGGGGUCGCAGACAGAGAAAAGAUCCCAGCGACCGAUCUGUGCUUCUCUUCCCCGGACAGGGCAGUCAGUUCGUGGGUAUGGGUAGAGGACUGACAAAGUACCCAAAUGUGAAAGAGAUGUUCUCCGCAGCGGAGAAUAUCCUCGGCUACGACCUGCUGUCUCUGUGUCUGAAGGGUCCGGAGAAGGAGCUGCAGAAGACGGUGCACUGUCAGCCGGCGGUGUUCGUCACCUCUCUGGCUGCUGUGGAGAAACUGCACCAUGAAAACCCAAAGGCCAUCGAGACGUGUGUCGCUGCAGCAGGUUUCAGCGUUGGUGAAUUUGCUGCUCUUGUCUUUGCUGGAGCCAUGGACUUUUCAGAAGCUUUAUAUGCAGUAAAGGUGCGUGCAGAAGCUAUGCAGAAAGCCUCUGAGCUGACUCCAAGUGGGAUGCUGUCGGUCGUCGGCAGACCUCAGGCUCAGUAUAAAUACGCCUGUCUUCAAGCUAAAGAGCACUGCAAGAGUCUAGGGAUCGAGCAGCCGAUUUGCUCUGUGGCCAACUAUUUAUUCCCUGAUGGCAGGGUUAUUGCUGGCCACCAGCAGGCAUUGGAUUUUCUCCAGCAGAACUCACGGACUCUACAGUUUAUGAGAACCAAACCUCUACCAGUUAGUGGUGCUUUCCACACUGAGCUGAUGGCAUCUGCUACUGAACCUCUCAGAGAGGUGCUGCGACAGGUGGAGCUGCGGCGACCCGAGAUCAGCGUCUACUCCAACGUGGAUGGCAAACGGUACAUGAACGAAAGCCACAUCCGCAGGCAGCUGGUCAGGCAGCUGGUGUCGCCUGUAAAAUGGGAACAGACUCUCCAUGAGAUCUACGAGAGGACGCAGGGGGAGCGCUUCCCUCAAACAUACGAGGUCGGCCCUGGGAAGCAGCUGGGCGCCACGCUCCAGAAGUGCAACAGGAAAGCGUCUCAGUCGUACUCUCACGUGGACGUCACUGCGAACGAGGAGUGACUGUGCAGAAACGAGGACUCUAAAUACAGCAUUUUUAGAAUAG